CGAUAGCUGACUCUGGUAACACUGCACCACCAUUAGGUUAGAACAAGAAGAACAAUAAUAAAUUCGUGUAUACACAAAAUAAGAAGAUGAGCCGCAAAGAAGCACUGUCUCAAUUUAUACAACAAAUUCAUGGCCGACCAGUCGUAGUGAAAUUGAAUAGUGGUGUUGAUUACAGAGGUGUCUUGGCAUGUCUUGAUGGGUACAUGAACAUCGCGCUUGAACAAACAGAAGAAUACGUCAAUGGACAGUUAAAGAAUAAGUACGGCGAUGCCUUCAUUCGAGGAAAUAAUGUGCUGUACAUAAGCACACAGAAACGAAGGACAUGAAAUGCGAAUUUCUGAGUUUCUAAAACUUACAAUAUAUAAUUAAGAUAAGAUAAGAAAAGAAACAGAAGGAAAUAAUGGACUGUCAUAUUAUAUUUCUUCAAAAAAAUAUUCAGUUGUAAUA